AUGAUCUCUGCACAGCAGCCACCAUUCUCCAACAUAAUUCAAAGAGUAAUGGACUGCCAAACUGGGCAAGAAGAAACCAGUGACGAGCACCACGACUCUGAAAACUGCACUUGCAGCUCCAAGUGUGCAUCAACAGGAGAAUCUAACUCAGGUUCACCAGUAAUUCUUGAGCUAUUGCAGAACUGGGUUCCUAGAGUUUCGCACUACUUUGACAAAGAGCACUACACGUAUGUUGGCCACCAGAUUGUCAUUCAGGAGUCCAUAGAACACUUAGGAGCUGUGGUAUGGCCGGGGGCACUGGCUCUAUCUCAAUAUCUGGAAUCCAAUCAAGAACAAUUCAACCUCAAAGACAAAAAAGUUCUGGAAAUUGGUGCCGGAACAGGCUUGGUUUCCAUUGUGGCCUGUAUCUUAGGAGCUUAUGUUACAGCUACUGAUUUGCCUGAAGUUCUUGAAAAUCUGUCAUACAACAUUUCAAAAAAUACACAUAACACGAAUAUGCACAAACCUGAAGUGAGAAAACUGGUGUGGGGAGAAAGCCUCCAUGAAGACUUUCCUGCAUCAACUUACCAUUAUGAUUUCAUACUGGCAACUGAUGUUGUAUACCCUCAAAUAGUUUUGGACCCCCUGCUAGCAACAAUGGUCUAUUUUUGCAGGCCAGGAACAGUAUUGCUAUGGGCAAAUAAAUUCAGAUUCAGAACAGACUAUGAAUUUUUGGAAAAAGUUUGUAAUACAUUCAACACAACCAUUCUAGCAGAAUUUCCAGAAUCAAAUGUCAAGUUGCUUAAAGCCACGGUAAGAGAGAAUUAA